UUCAACCUCAAAACACAUUCUCUCAACCUCUCUCAGAGACAUUAUUACACAAACCUAAAAAAAAACCUCUGUUUUUGAACAGCUUAUGUCUCAAAGACCUCUGAUUCCUCAUUCUUCAACUAUAGCUUUUUGUCUCCAUUCUCAUCUCUUUAUCUCCAGUGAGAUCAGCUCUAAUUCUAACUGGUCUCUCUAAAAGAAAACCAAAUAAAAAUCUAACCUUUUUUUUUCAAUUUUCUCGCCUGUUUUCCCGGAAAACACCAAAAGCUCUCUCUCUCCCUCUCUGUUUUUGUUUUUUCAAAGUUUUGAUUUUUCUUCGAUUUCUCCGAAAUGGGUGUUAAGGGUUUCGCUGAAGGAGGAAUCGCAUCGAUCGUAGCGGGUUGUUCAACCCACCCGCUUGAUCUGAUCAAGGUCCGAAUGCAACUCCAAGGCGAAUCAGGUUCUGUCCAAACCAAUCUCCGACCAGCUCUCGCUUUUCAAUCCUCAACCACCGUCGCCACCGCGCCUCCUCUCCGCGUUGGUGUAAUCGGAGUCGGAUCUCGUUUAAUCCGAGAAGAAGGCGUACGUGCUCUGUUCUCCGGCGUCUCCGCCACAAUGCUUCGUCAAUGUCUUUAUUCGACAACUCGUAUGGGUUUAUACGAUAUCCUCAAAGGCAAAUGGACCGACCCAGAAACAAAAACCAUGCCUUUAACUAGAAAACUCGGUGCCGGAUUCAUCGCCGGAGCUAUCGGUGCGGCAGUUGGGAAUCCGGCGGAUGUAGCCAUGGUGAGAAUGCAAGCCGACGGUCGUUUACCUUUGGCUCAGAGGAGAAACUACAAAAGCGUUUUAGACGCAAUCACGCAAAUGAUCCGCAGCGAAGGAGUUACAUCGUUGUGGAGAGGUUCGUCUUUGACUAUAAACAGAGCAAUGCUUGUGACUUCGUCGCAGUUAGCUUCGUAUGAUUCGGUUAAAGAGACGAUUUUGGAGAAAGGGUGGGUGCCUGAUGGGCUUCUGACUCAUGUGUUGGCUAGUACUGCUGCAGGGUUCGUGGCUAGUGUUGCUUCGAACCCUGUCGAUGUGAUCAAGACGAGAGUGAUGAACAUGAAGGUGGUGGCUGGAGUUGCGCCGCCGUAUAAAGGAGCGAUUGAUUGUGCUUUGAAGACGGUGAAGGCGGAGGGGAUUAUGGCUUUAUAUAAAGGGUUUGUGCCGACGGUUUCGAGACAAGCACCGUUCACGGUGGUUCUGUUUGUUACGCUUGAACAAGUUCGCAAGGUGUUCCAAGACUUUGACUUUUGAUGAAAAAGUUGAAAAUUCUGAUGAUGGUGGCGAAUAAAUUCUUAUAUGUUCUUUAAAUUAAUUUUUAGUAGUUUUGAUAUUAAAAAGUAUUAUUUUUGUUUUUACAUUUGUUCGAACAGAGAGAUCUAUGUCUUUGAUAUGAAACUUGUUCUCAUGAUAUGAGAAAGAAAGAAAAGAAACAGUUAUAUUUGAUUCAUUAUUCAA